AUGAAGCACCAAGUGAAGUCCUUGUCAGUGGGUCUGAUUGGUCAGGUUGAGGGGUCACAGAGACUGCCCACCAUCAGGUCACUCAGGUUAUCUGACUAUGGACUAGAAGAACUGCCUACAGAUGUUCUCAAGCACAUGAAAAACCUCAAAGUCCUUGACCUUUCCUGCAACAAGCUAACGACCUUUCCAGAUGUAACCUUGAAGACUCUGGAGACCUUGGAUAUCUCUGAAAAUGACAUCAAGUCCUUGGACUUUGUCAGAAAUCUCCCCAGCCUGAAGCAUCUCAUGUUGGAGGGGAACCCAAACAUUAAGGAGAACCACAAGAUUGAAGCAGUGCUGAAGUGCCCCAGUCUGAUGACAAUAGACAACCACCAUGUGGACUUAAUUCACCGACAGAUCCAAAAUGACAGGGAGAAAUGGCUGCCUCAGGUCCAAGCAAAGUUUGAGGUGCUCUUUGAGGAGCGGUUUACAGAGGAUAUGUCUGAGGACCAGUUUACACAGGCUGUGACAGAAUUCCAGGAUUCCCUCCUUGCAGACUCGCUGUUCUCAAGUGCCACCUCAGAGGCCGAGAAAAUUGUUAUUGACAAGCUUGCCAAGGAGAUAGCUGAGGAUGCUAGGUCAGGAGAACUCUUCUCUACCAAUCAGCAGGCCCCAGGAACACCACGAAGUGCCCGACUGUCCAGAAAACUCAGCUGUAACACACCCAAAACAUCAGGAUCAACAACAACCACGCCAAAAAGGAACAAACGGAGCCUGUCUUCUCACUCUUCUGUCCUGGACUCCCCCUCCCUGAAGUUGCCUGAGUCUCCGAUAUCCCCCAUCAGUACCCCCAACAAACGGAAGAGACAGAGAGACAGCGACGAGGAACUGGACACACAGAAAUCCAAACGAGACAGGAAGUACUCCCCGCUGACCUGGAUGACGAGGAAGAAUCCGGUUGUGGAGCACAACAUGAUGUCCUUGCCUGCAUUACCUGACUAUGACCCCGUCCACUUCCUGCGAUGUCACUCCGAGGGGAACGACCCGUCUGAUGAGGUGACCAAGGUGUGGAAGUGUGCUUUUGAACCCAGUCUGGAAGAUCCAGAGAGGACCACCAACUUGCUGGCCAGCUGUGGGGGACAGAUUGUGUGUCUGACGGAUUGUAACACAGGGAAGGUGAUGAAGCGCUAUAAAGACGACAACAAAUUUGAGUGUUUCUACACUUUAGCCUGGACCACAGUUCAGCUUGAGAACAACAAACAAGAGAAGACAAAUCUACUGGCAGUGGCAGGUCAGAGUGCAGACAUUAAGUUGAUCCACCCCUCUCAGUUCACAAUGUACGCCACACUGGAAGGUCACAGAAAGUACAUCAGCUGUCUAACCUUUCACCCCAAACAGCCAACAAUUCUCUUCAGUGGAAGUAAUGAUAGGAAGAUCAUAGUGUGGGACAUAGGAAUUCCAGACAUGAGGGACUACACUGUGCUGUUCAAGAAGUUACAUGUACUGCAGGCCCCGGACACAGACGCUCUGAACCUGGUACUGAGCAUGCCCAGUCAGACCCUGCUGGCAGGUUGUGAGGACUCCUGCUUUGGAUGGAAGGCAGACAACGUGGACAAAUUAUCCAGGGCCCCUGAUUACCAGUUUUACCUCCCCACCGUGUCCAGUGAUGCUAAGAGUAAUGUCAGCACGGAGAGAGAGACCGUGGAUGGGCUGGCAGCUCUACAGAACGGAUAUGUGGUGACGAAGUGCGUGGGAGAUGACAUCAUCAGUGUGUGGAAUGUCAAAGAUCAGCUACCCUCCAACAAGUCUACCUCAGACAAAGGCAAGGUCAAGUCCAGCACAAGGUCAAUAGGGGUCAAGCCAACGGCUCUGCUUCACUAUACCAGACAGACUGUGGACUACAUCAACAUAGGGGCAACCAAAGACGUGAUGGUGGUAGGGGAUGAUAGUGGUAAACUGAGGCUGUACAAUGUGGGAAAAGUGACCAACAGGAAGUCAAAGUCAUGUGAUGACAUCCUGCAGCCCUCUAGGGUUUUAGAGUGGCCUGAGAUUGCUGAUGGACCUAUGAAGCCCUUUUGCCAGAAAGAGUCUGUGGUAGUGAACAGUGCCUGUGCCAGCCAUGAUAAGGAGUACAUCGCCUGUGGGACUGACAACAACCUGGUGUGUGUCUGGAGGAGACAGAGGGGCAGCUGUGGGGAGGAGGAUAUGAACUGUGACUGAAGGGGGGACAAUAGGGGUACACAGGAACAUACAGACAAUGGGAGGAGAAAUGAAUUGUGACUGAAGGGGGGACUAACAGCUCAAGCUAAAGGUUUAAGCUGAAACAUACAGACAAUGGGAGAGACUUUAAGAGGAAUAAACAGCCAUAGCUGAGGGGGUACAUAGCUCGUGAAAGUAGGGACAGAAUUUAACAGGCAGAAUGAACUGUUGAGUUAUUGUUAGGUGUGUACUCCAUCUAAUUGUGAGAAAUGAAUUUCUCAAAUUCUGAAUCCAUAUCAAAGAGUUGGAUACAGUUUGAUUGGGGACAUAAUUUGA